AUGAGAAAAAAUUGCAAUCAUCUUGCUGCUCCACUGUUAAGGUCAUGCUCCUCGUCUCUGCAGAAAAAAAGCACCCAAUCCGGAAGAAUGGGCGAAUCAACUGAACUGGCCAUCGCGAAGGAUAUCACCCAAGUAAGCAACCCUCUCCAGCUCUUCUUCGUCUCUUCCUUGUUUGUUUUCUCCUUGGCCGGGCAUCGCUGAUCUCGUUCCACUCCGUUCAAAUCGACGCAGUUGAUUGGAAACACUCCGCUCGUAUACCUCAACAAUGUUGUGGACGGUUGUGUCGCGAAGAUCGCGGCCAAGCUGGAGAUGAUGGAGCCCUGUUCCAGCGUUAAGGAUCGGUAGUUCUUCUCGUCGGCUCUUUCAUUCCCCCUUCUGGGCAUUUUGGGUGGAUUCUCAUGAACUUUGAUACUUGUUGGCAGGAUUGGGUACAGCAUGAUCGCUGACGCCGAGGAGAAAGGGCUCAUCUCACCCGGGAAGGCGAGUCAACUCGUUUCAACCUGAGUUGUUUUUCUUGAUUUUCUUUAGUAUGCGGUAAGCUGAGCUGUGCUUGGUCUUCGUAUGCUUCUUCUUCUUUUUCGUCCUUUCUCUCUUUCAGAGCGUCCUCAUCGAGCCUACCAGUGGCAACACUGGCAUUGGUCUGGCCUUCAUGGCUGCCGCAAAGGGCUACAAGCUCGUGCUCACCAUGCCGGCAUCCAUGAGCCUUGAGAGAAGAAUCAUUUUGAAGGCUUUUGGGGCUGAAUUGGUGUUGACCGAUCCAGCUUCGGGGAUGAAAGGUGCCGUGCAGAAAGCCGAGCAGUUGGCUGCCAGGACGCCAAACUCUUAUAUCCUGCAGCAGUUUGAAAACCCGUCUAACCCGAAGGUGCUGGCUUCUCCUCCUGGCCGUCUCUCUUUGCCUGCUACACCUGACCUUUCUUCCUUCAUUAGAUUCACUAUGAGACGACGGGGCCUGAGAUCUGGAACAGCUCUGCUGGAACAGUUGAUGCUCUUGUUUCUGGCAUCGGAACCGGAGGUACAAUCACAGGGACAGGAAGAUAUCUCAAGGAGCAGAACCCGCAAGUCAAGGUUCGUUGACUUUUUGUACUGUUUCCUAAUCUGUCGGUUCCCCUUCUGUGCUCCUUGUCCCCUGCCCUGACCAGCACACUCCUGUCAUCUGUAAAGUUGUAUGGCGUGGAACCAACAGAGAGCGCUGUUCUCUCAGGGGGCAACCCAGGUAUGUUUCUCAGUGGCGGCUGUGUCGGAUGAAGAAAACAGGAAGUGGCGUGGAAUAUUCAGCUCCUAGCACGUGAAGGUGAGUAUUUGUAUUAAUCUGCGCCUGUCACAUUCAGGUCCUCACAAGAUCCAGGGAAUUGGCGCCGGUUUCGUGCCUGGUGUUUUGGACAUUGAUCUCGUCGAUGAAGUUAUCCAGGUGGGCAUCAGAGAAACCAGCCUAGUGUUCUUUGGUUGACUUCGGGUUUCGAUCUUGUCUCCUGACAUCUGGGUCUUUCUCGCAUAGUCAAGAUUGCAUGGGACACCUUAGUUGACUUGGCCUGAACGAGUGGCAUGGUAUUUGGUAAUGGGAUCCCAUUGUCUGCAUUCUUUCAGGCCUUAACCUCUUCUCUCUCGUCUACCAGGUCUCAAGCGAUGAGGCUAUUGAAACCGCGAAGCAGCUUGCGCUGAAGGAAGGCUUGCUGGUGAGCCGUCCAACUCCCCCAAGAGCCUUCUUCUUACUUGAUUAAAACAGGAGAAGAGACGGCACCUGUGGUCAGCAUCGUCUGAAACUGAUUACCCACCUGCUUGCAGGUCGGGAUAUCAUCUGGAGCGGCUGCCGCGGCUGCCAUCAAGAUCGCGCGCAGACCCGAGAAUGAAGGGAAGCUCAUAGUUGUGAGUCCAGCAAUCUCAUAUCUUUUUCAUCUCCACACCCCGUCUGAAUGGCCUACCAAGAUCGAAGCUUUCCGCCAUAUCCUUCAAGAACCUUACUUCUAUCACUUCAAAGCUGUUCAACGCGCUGUGGUGUUGCCUGCAGGUCGUCUUCCCGAGUUUCGGGGAGCGGUACCUCUCCUCGGUUCUUUUCCAGUCCCUGAAGAAGGAAGCGGAGAGCAUGGUCUUCGAGCCUUGA